AUGGUUUACAAAUCGAAAUUUGACGACAUUGACAUCCCCCGAUGCAAUGUCCUCUCAUACUUGUUCCCGCCAGGCGACAGUCUGUCGACGAAACCUUUGUUGGUAGAUGCAAAGUCGCCGCUUAAAACACUAUCAACUGACGACUUGCUAUCAUGGGUUCGACGGUUUGCGCUUGGCCUGGACCGUAUGGGAGUUCCUUUAAACACUGCAGUGAUGUUAUUCACUCCAAAUCACCUAUAUGUGCCUGUAGCGUACCUGGGUGCUGCAGGGUCUAAGAGAUAUUAUACCGGGGCGAACCCCAAUUAUUCUGUUGACGAGCUUGCAUUUCAAAUAUCGAUGGUGAGGCCAGCCAUUUUGCUCGUCCAUCCAAGCUUGUUCAAGACGGGAUACGCGGCUUUAAAGAAGGCCAACCUCCCUUCCACUAGGACAUUCCUCUUCGACGAUGAGAAAUGCGACCAGCGACAAGGUGUGCCCGACUGGAAGACAUUUCUCGCUUCAGCUGAAGAUGCUGUUUCUUGGAGCUGGGAUAAUCUUGGUCCGAUAGCAACGGAGCAGAUUGCGACGAUCAACUUCUCUAGCGGGACUACCGGCCUACCUAAAGGAGUCUGCAUCACUCAUUAUAAUCUCGUCGCUAAUGCGCUUCAAACCACGCAUGUCAAAUUACACGAGACUCCACGUCCACAAGAUACCAAAAAAGAAAGAUGGCUCUCCUUUUUGCCAUUAUACCAUGCUUUCUCGCAGCAAUUCACGAUUAACAUUGCAAGCCGGCUCGGUGCUACAGUCUAUAUAAUGCAGGCCUUCAAAUUUGAGGAAUUCCUCUAUUAUAUUCAAAAGUACAAAAUAACCACAUUGCAAGCAGUUCCACCAGUGAUGAACAUGCUAGCUAAGCGACCCGAGUCUGCCUACUACGACCUCAGCAGCCUCAAAAACAUCAUGGUCGGCGCAGCGCCGAUGCCCCUGAGCCUUUCUAACGAAUUAAUCCAGAGGUUUAAUUUUUGUAUCGCUCGUGGUUGGGGAAUGACUGAGACGACCUGCGUUGGAAUGUUAGAACCUGACAAUGUGAGAAGUUUCGACGGCCACUCUGGAUACCUCUUGCCCAAUACUGAAGCCAAAACCGUGGAUGACGAUGGUCAAGAGGUGGAGGGGGCUCCGGGCGAACUAUGGAUUCGUGGCCCACAGACGAUGCUUGGCUAUUGGAAUAAUGAAAAAGCUACUCGAGACAGCAGUACACAGGAUGGAUGGGUUAAAACUGGCGAUAUUGUCGUUGUCAAGGACCACAAAUGGUGGAUUGUUGAUAGGAAGAAGGAGCUGAUCAAGGUCAACGGCCUCCAGGUAGCACCUGCCGAGCUCGAGGCUUUGCUUCUGCAACACGAGAAGAUAUCCGAUGCCGUGGUCGUGGGAAUAGAGGUUAACGGUAACGAAUACCCUCGGGCAUACGUUGUGAUGCGGUCAGACAUUGGCCCAGAUGGGCUCACAGAAAUGGAGGUGCAGAAAUAUGUGGCGGAGUCCACGGCCAAGCAUAAACAUCUCAGAGGUGGUGUGAAGUUUGAGCAGUCCAUUCCAAGGCUCCAAAGUGGUAAGAUCAUGAGAAAGAAGAUCAAAGAAUGGGCUAAACGGGAUGCAAAAUUUUUCACUUCGUCAAGAUCAAAGCUUUGA